GUCCUGGGGGCUGGGAGCUGGCCUCUCAGGUGAGAUCAGGUGUCAGCUGGGCUAAAGGUUUCUCUGCGGAUGGUUAAUAAUCUGUUGAUAAUCUGCUGGACUUUAUCCUGAAACACUGUAGCACAAGUCCUGUCCCUGAGCCAGUGUUCAGUCUCCAGAGGCACACACGGCAGCUCAGAUGGAGGACACCAAGAGUCAGGAUCACUCGGAAGAUGUACGGGGCCACAAGCUGGGCAAUGCAGACUCAUCUAUAGGACGGCUGAGAGAAAUAAACCAGCCAAUCAGAGCAGAGAAGGCGGGACUAGAUAUGAUUUACACCAUUGAAGAUGUUCCACCAUGGUACUUGUGUAUCCUACUGGGACUACAGCAUUACCUGACAUGUUUCAGUGGCACUGUUGCAGUCCCGUUUCUUUUGGCCGAAGCGAUGUGUGUCGGACGAGACCAAAACACUGUUAGUCUGCUGAUCGGAACAAUUUUCACCACUGUUGGAAUCACAACUCUGAUCCAGACUACCGUGGGAGUCCGGCUUCCUUUGUUCCAGGCCAGUGCUUUUGCCUUCCUGAUUCCUGCUCAGGCGAUCCUCGGCCUGGACCGCUGGAAGUGUCCCAGUGAAGACAUGAUUUAUGGGAACUGGAGUGUGCCCCUCAACACCUCCCAUAUCUGGCAGCCUCGCAUCAGAGAGAUUCAGGGAGCCAUCAUCAUGUCCAGCCUGGUGGAAGUCGUGAUUGGUCUGUGUGGAUUACCCGGUCUGCUGUUGGAGUACAUCGGCCCUCUCACCAUCACGCCAACUGUCUCCCUGAUCGGUCUGUCUGUAUUCACCACCGCUGGAGACAGGGCCGGGUCCCACUGGGGCCUGUCCACUUUGUGUAUGUUGCUGAUUGUGCUGUUUGCUCAGUACCUGAGGACGACAUCAUUUCCUGUUCCUGUGUACAGCAGAAGUAAAGGACUGGCAACCACCAGAGUCCAGAUUUUCAAGAUGUUCCCCAUCAUCCUUGCUAUAAUGGUGGUCUGGCUAGUCUGUUACAUUUUAACUCUAACCGACCUGCUCCCUAACGAUCCGCACCGGUACGGACACAAAGGGCGGACCGAUGCCCGUGGGGAUAUCAUGACAUCAGCCCCCUGGUUUAGGAUGCCCUACCCAUGUCAGUGGGGAUUACCGGUGGUAACCGUUGCUGGAGUGCUGGGGAUGCUGAGUGCAACCAUGGCGGGUAUAGUGGAGUCAAUUGGAGAUUAUUACGCCUGUGCCCGUCUGUCAGGAGCCACGCCGCCUCCAAUUCAUGCUAUCAACAGGGGGAUCUUCACUGAGGGAGUCUGCUGCAUCAUUGCAGGCCUGUUAGGGACAGGAAAUGGAUCAACCUCCUCCAGUCCCAACAUAGGAGUUCUUGGAAUCACCAAGGUGGGCAGCAGGCGGGUGGUCCAGUUUGGAGCCGGGAUCAUGUUCAUCCUGGGCUCAGUGGGGAAGUUCACAGCUCUGUUUGCAUCGCUGCCAGAUCCCAUCCUAGGAGGAAUGUUCUGUACUUUGUUUGGAAUGAUCACAGCUGUUGGUCUUUCAAAUCUGCAACUGGUUGAUCUGAAUUCUUCCAGAAAUCUCUUUGUUCUUGGGUUCUCAAUGUUCUUCGGUCUUACACUACCAACGUACCUGGACACACACCCGAAGGCCAUCAGCACAGGUGUUGCAGAACUGGAUCAGAUCCUGACGGUUCUUCUGUCCACGGAGAUGUUCGUUGGAGGAUUUUUGGCUUUUUGUCUCGACAACACAAUACCAGGUACGCGGGAGGAGCGCGGACUCGUGGAGUGGAGCUCCUCAGGCGCCUCCACCUCCACAGGCAGCUCCACCUAUGACUUUCCUGUGGGAAUGGGCGUGGUCAGACGGACGCGCUGGCUCCGCAGGUUUCCCAUCUCCCCUACCUUUAGAGGUUUCAAGGUGUCUGAUGAAGUCCCGCCUCCUGAUGAGGAGGAGCAAGGAGGAGGUGAAGAGGAGGUGGGUGACGCCCCACUGCCGAGCACCAAGGUGUGACGGUGAUGGCGUCAGGCUGAACCAAUGAGCGCAGCAGCAAGAGUCCAUCACCUGUAAUGUAAAGAGAUUAAAGCUGCAGUUUCUUUCAGAAGACUGAUAACUGAUCAGACGCUUCAUGUUUUACUGGAUUACUAAUUCAAUAAUGGUUCCUGACAAAAUGAUUACUAAUCAUACCGGAGCAGUUCUUGCCUGCUGUAACUCCGCCCCUGUUCACCUUUAGUUUUACAACCUGGAUGAAUGUUUGAGUCAGAAGUUCUUAAUAAAAGGAAUUCAACAGUU